CUGUGCCAUGACAACGAACAGGUAAACACUGUUUUCCGGCGACAUCAGCUAGAAGUGCCAUUGGAAACGAUAUUCUUGAUGAAAACAAUUUAAUUUAAAUAACGUUUACAUUUUUUUUCAAUCAUGCCGACCAACAAUCCGGCAGUUGAGAGGUCUGUUGUUGACCAGAUAGAAGAGCUGAAAGCGAAAAUAACUCUUUUAGGUAAGUUACUGAAGUUGACUGAUAGUAUUAGUAUUAGUCACUAACACACCAAGACUAAACACUAAACAGUUUACUAAACACAGAUGUAAUCACUGAUCACGAACUGUGACUAAUUAUGACUAACUAACCAAGACAUUCAUCGUCAGUUAUCAUUAAAGUGAAUAAAGUCAAAGUUGAUAAGACUUAAGAUAACCGAAGUAGUUUAGCCAAUUAAGAGGCCAAUGGUUUUAUUCUUUAGUUGAUUCAUAAUCAGAUUCAGAUUUAAUAAUUCAUAACAAACUGGCAGUAGCCUACUUUACUUCUUGUUGAUGCUAAUAUAAUUUUUUACCUCAGAAUAAAUAAACUUAAAUUGAUAUUUUAAAAGUUUAAAUGUCAACAGAAACACUUCUAGUGUUAGGCCUAAAAAUAUGUAAUUUUUGUAAUCUUUUAAUUUGAAGUUUCUAUCUUAAUUUUAAUUAUGAAAAAUUAUAUACAAUUAUAAUUUGUAUAGGCCUAGUAUCAUUUAAUGAAUUAUCAUAAAUCAAAGUUAAAGUUUAUUUUAUUCUACCUGCCAAUAAAACUUUGUCAAAAAAAUAAUUUAUCAGUUUCAUUAUAUUAAAAUAGAUUCUGUAAAGGUAUAGUUAGCAGCAUGGGGUUUGCCAAGAGUUUUCUCACCCUGAUUGGAACCACAGUGACGUCACUUGGGGGGGGGGGAGGGGGGGAUGCUCACUCUAGACUUGGGUGCUUAGACCAAUUAGUUGUUCCUGUACAAUGUGUGUGAUAACUUUCCCAUUCUUCCCUGAGCAUUAUUCACACCAUAAACUAAAUGUAACAAUCGAUAUGGUGGUUAAUAUGAAGGCAGUGUCUAUAUGUAUAUCUCCCGCACUAUUUGUCCGGCAACCAAGUCACAUGACCGUCAGAAGAUGACCCCCCGCCCCCCAAAAACAACACAAAUUAAGGAAGUCAGGCAUGAUUUCUGUGAACUGUGUAGUUUACUGACAAUUAAAGUAAUUAUUUAUUGAAUGCUUGUUUCAUAUGUUUAAUAACUUACUAGUAAUUAUUAUGAUAAUUACGGUAACAUUCUGUAAAACUUAGCAUUUUAAAUUAUUUCAGUAGUGCUUUUUGUGACAGUGACAAUGCAUCUAAAACAGCAAGAUCAUUUUUUUGACAAGAUUUGCAUUAACUUACAAGUUAAAGAUCAAAGUGAAAAUUUAAAAAAAAAAAGAAGAAGAAAAAAACAAUGUACCAACUCUCACUUUUUUUAACGCUUUACAUUUGACUAAGUAUAUGUUAGCCCAUGUCAAACUCUUAUUUAUACCUUAUCACAACUUUAACUUCAAACAAGUCAAUGAAGAAAUUACUAUUGUUAUCAUAAAUGAAUUCAUAAAAUGUUAACAUUCAAUAAUGAAGUGCGAUUAUUUUGUCAGAGGGUGAUCGUAAAGCCUACUAUGAGUCCUCUCAAUAUGCACUGCAAAAGAACAAAGAAAAAAUCUCCUCACUCAGGAAGGAGACUAAAGAAUUGCGACAACAACUCAAGGACAAGCUAUCGGUAAGGUUACCUUAACGUAGGAUUUAGCCAUCAGGAUGGGCUAUCAAUGGGGUUACAAUCAGAUAAUGUAGGAUUUAGCCACCAGGAUGGGCUAUCAAUGGGGUUACAAUCAGAUAAUGUAGGAUUUAGCCACCAGGAUGGGCUAUCAAUGGGGUUACCAUCAGAUAAUGUAGGAUUUAGCCAUCAGGAUGGGCUAUCAAUGGGGUUACAAUCAGAUAAUUUAGGAUUUAGCCAUCAGGGUGGGCUAUCAAUGGGGUUACAAUCAGAUAAUGUAGGAUUUAGCCACCAGGAUGGGCUAUCAAUGGGGUUACCAUCAGAUAAUGUAGGAUUUAGCCACCAGGAUGGGCUAUCAAUGGGGUUACAAUCAGGGUCGAAGGUGACAAUUUUUUUUUUACAGUUGGGUGGAGGGGGGAUCCAACCUUAGCCAUUCUUUAGCACUAUUUACUGCUGUGCUCUCCUGCUUUAUAAAACUUUAACAAUUUUGAAGCCAGAAGGUGGAGGUCCACCCUGCGGCCAGCUGUGCCACUGGUUACAAUAGCUUAGGCUUUAGCCAUCAGGACAAAUAUUUUGUACAUGUAGGUGAAUAUUUCAAAUAUAUUUAACUGUUAAGACUUUUAUUACAAUUAAGAAACAAAAUUUUAAAUCAUUGAACAAAAAAUUUCUUACUUUACUUUACAGCAAGACUCUCAUGUCAUUGGUAAAGCUUUUCAUGACCGACCCGUGGAGAGAGCAGCUUUGGCCAACAAAUCAGGACGAGUAAGUUUUAUUUCUAAUUUAAACUUUGAUCGCUUCAGUACAUUAAGUUGAUUUCUAUUUUUCCACAAAGACGGAAACUCAAUGCAAAUAUUAAUUUUGUUCAUUUCUCACACAGCAAGCCAUUACAAUUUUUGACCACAAAGUCUGUGACUCCAUGAAGCAGCUGAAUGCCAAGAAGCAUGUGACCGCACGUAAACAGAAGAAGCUCGAGGAGCUCCAGACACAGUACAAUCAAAUGGUCAAGGACUCAGCCGACGCUGUCAACACUGAAAAAGGAGAUUCAGCUGAUGCCCAGGUAAACAAAUUUCAAUAAUCUAUAUUUGAAGAAGAUGUAGUGAAAAGGGGGGUUGCAUAUGGGCAAACCAGUUUAAAAAAAAAUAAAAAAAUCUAGAUCUAGUUGCUAUCCAACUCAUGAUUGAUGUCCCCUCUGUCUACCAAAUUUUGAAUUUCCAGCGAUGAAUUUGACCAUCAGUGUGAGUUUCACUGUUGCUAUAACUCUGCAGUGCUAUCCAGCAUUAAGUACUGAAAUACUGUUGGAAUUUUUAAAAAAAAUUCAAAAUGUGGAGUGUUUUCAAUGAUUAAACUGUAAAUCAAAAUCAUGCUGUUAUUAUGCUGAAUUCACUUGGCUGGUCGUUGAAAUUUCUAAUGCCAUUUGGGUUUUUAAUUCUUACUUUCAACUCCAUUUUUUUUUUAUUUUAGACGGCUCAUUAAAUUAUUGUUAGCUAGCUUAUCAAUGAACAGUUGAAAAAAUUGUUAGAGUUGGACACAUGUCUACAUGUUAGUUCACUACGAUUUGUGGUGGGUUUUGGGGGGGGGGGGGGGUUGGGGGGGGUUGUGUUUUUGGGGGGGGGGGGGCUGGGGAGGAUUCAUUAUCUUUAGUCUUGACACAUCCCCGCUUUAAAUACUUUGUUGUAUUUUCUGUUAGGUCAACUCAGUGAGGUUUAACCUUACAAUAUUUGGAUAGCGAAAAAUUCCCAUUUCUUAAUGAACAAUGCAGAUAUGCACAUAAUUUGUGUUGUUGGUUUUUAAAAGGCAUUCAAAUUUUAAAAAAAAAUAACUUUUUUCCAUAUUCAAUUAUGACAUUGUCAAUUAUGAAUGUUUUUCUUUUUAUGAAAAGACAAUGCGAUACCUGGAAAACAGCUAUGAUAAAAUAGCACUGAAAACUGAGGAGGCAAAGCAAGUGCAGAGGGUCUAUCUUGACAUUAAGCAUAGAUUUGAAGUGGUGAGUUACUUUGACAAAAGAAUUACUGAAUUAUUUUGCUUAUAGCUUUACCUCCCAUGGCUUAUCAGAUGACUAAUUAAGUUCUCAAAAUAAUUGAUUGAACUUUCAGAGAUCUACGCUAACUAGAAUCUUUUCUCUUAAUCCUUUGAUUUUCUUAUGAAUUAAUUUUCUCACUUCUUUCGGUGAUGAUGUAAAUAAAAAAUAAAUUGCACUCAUAGGAAGCUCAAGAAUAUCCCACCAAACUGGACGCCAUUGAACAGGAAAUCAGGAGCACGCGAGCCCAACUAAAGGAUCUCAAGGCCAUGCAUAAUGAUGCUCAGCUGUCCAGGGAUGCUGCCGUCAAUGACCUGCGACGUCACGAGGAGACCGUGUAUGCUGAUAGAAAGAACAGAGAAAUUGAGCUGCAGAAGAUGAAGAAAGAAGCAGAAGAGAAAAAGAUGCAGCAUGAGAGGAUAGAGAAAAGACUGGUUGGUCAAUCUGUCUUGUUAGUAAAAUAUAUGGUCACGCACAGCUUUUUUAACAAACUCAAUAAAGUCAAAAUAUUCUUAUAACAUAACUUAAAAUAAGUAUGAAAUUGUCUUAAGAUUGUUAUUUUAGGAAAUACUUUUAAUGUGGAAUAAAUCUAUGUUAUUUAUUUAUUCUCAUAUAAAUAAAACCACAAAUUUAAAAAAAAAAAAAUUACGUCAUUCUUCAAAUUUAAUUAAAAAAUUUUUUUGUUACUGCUCUAAAAACUUUUAAUAUUUCCACAACUGUUUGAUACAGGCACAGAGAGGGUCAAUACAGCAGGAUGAAAUAAAUAUGGAUCAGUCUGGUGGAUCAGGAAAAGACAACCAGGAAAAGAUCACAUCAUACGAAGAGGCAUUCAAGCGGAUCAAAGAAUGUACUGGUGUCUCUGAAACAAUGGUAUAUCGGUAUAUCUUAUUUAACCACCGACUUCUAUAGUACUGACCAUAAAUGGGAUUCAUGAAAGAAAGAAAAAGACUUAAAUAUGUGAAAAUUCAAAGUAAUGUGUUGGCUGCAGUAAAGCUAAAACCUUAGAAUAACAAGCUUUAUAAUCAGCACCAUAAUGAUAUUUAUUUAUUUCCCAUGCAUGGUUGGUGAGACUACAAGAGGCAAAGAAAUUUUUUUUAAAAAUACACUGAUUAGGCUAAAAUUAUUUCCACCUUCCCAGCUCAAGUCCAAUUUAACUUUCUAUUUUUCAAGGUAUUCAUACAACCAAUUGAUGCACCAUUACAACUUGAUAAUAGUUUCUGGAAUUAUUAUUAUAACAGUAAAUGAACCUAUCUAGACAUAUAUGUGAUCGAUUCUCUGCUGAACAUUUGCAGGAAGUAGUUUACAGGUUUGAGAACCAAGGGGAGACUACCCGUCACUUAGAAGAGCUGAAGAAGGACAGCGAGAAACAGAUCACCAGGCUUCGAGAAGAGAAAGAAAAACUCCAGGAAGAAUUUGAAGAAAUGAAAUACUCCGGAGAAGCCAAACUGUCUAGGUAAUGGUAUAUACCAUUUCUUACAGAAAUAUUUGCUGGUCGAAUCUAUUUCUAAACUUAAAAAAAUAUUAGUUGAGUUAUAAAUAAUUAAUUUUAUUAAGAGAGUUGAUUUUUUUUAAUCCAAUGAAUUAUAAUUAGACGUGUGUGCCCAUGCAUGUUAUUUUUUCAAAUAAAAUAAUAUAAGAAUCUUAAUCAAGGAAUAAAUGUAAAUUCUUUUCAAAUUUAUGAAUUGUUAUUGUGUGUAAUACCAAUAUGUAAUCAUUCCUUAUGCAAUAAAUUUCUAAGUAAUAAAAUUGUAUUGAGACGUAACAUAUUUAUGUCAGUUUUGAUGAAUAAUUUAAAUAGUUCUGCCUUAAAUUUUCACUCAAGCGGCCAAACAAUGUUGGAGGAGUUUGAGGCUCAUUUGGCUAAGGAAGAAGACAGACGGGAUAAAGCUGAUGAGCAGCUGCAGCGGAGCAGUCGCAUCUUGGUGCAGGUCAAGGCUGGAGUUGAACAUUUAGCCGACAAGCUUCAUCACCUCAAAGCAGUAUGUUGAAAUACUAGAUGACUAUUGUGUACAAUUAACUGUCAGACAGACCCAUGCAAUCAACUAUCAGAGAGACAAAUAUAAUUAACUAUCCAUAACUUGUGCUGAAGGGAGUGAGGGGGUGUCUCGGAGUUAUGAAAAGUCUCAUCAAGGAGACAUAAUAUUGAGCCUUAGGAAAGAAAAAACACUGUUUAUCUACAGCCCCUUGCAUUACAUUAUAAAAUCCUUCUAUUUGUAUAACAUUUUUAGCAAAUGACUGUGGAAUGCAAAAUAUGUUUUGAGACACAUGCCAGGUGACAGUUUCUUCAAUAAAAACUUCACUGAAAGAGGCUCAACAUUUUUAAUUUCAUUAUGUUUUUAAUAGAUUUCAUCUUCUAUUGAAAAAUAAUAAAAUGCUCAAAAGUGUGAAAUAUCAACAUCCAAAAUACUGAUAUUUAAACGAUUAUUUUGGGGAGAUUUUUUUAACAGUGCAAUAAUCUGGGUUCUUCUUGGAACUUAGGAUAAAAUGCAAGGAUUUUCUAUGUUUUGUUUCAAUUUACGGUUGAAUUUAAUCAAUUUUUAAACAUAAUUUUUAACAAACACCAUAAGUAAUUUCAUAAUUUGAAUUUAUUUUUUAUUUUAAGUUUUUAUCAAACAAAUUUCUUAACAUUAAGAGAAUUUAUUUAAGAAACGUUAGGUAACUGAAAAUUAAUUUAGAUUAAUAUAAAAAGGAGAAUCAAUUAAUAGGUUUUAAAAUUGUCCUCUGUUUAAAAAGUUUAAUAAUCACACUUUUUUAGAUUAAUUGCCAUAUGCUGGCUGUCACAUGCUGGCUGUCAUAUGCUGGCUGUCUCAUGCUGGCUGUCUCAUGCUGGCUGUCUCAUGCUGGCUGUCUCAUGCUGGCUGUCUCAUGCUGGCUGUCUCAUGCUGGCUGUCUCAUGCUGGCUGUCACAUGCUGGCUGUCACAUGCUGGCUGUCUCAUGCUGGCUGUCAUAUGCUGGCUGUCUCAUGCUGGCUGUCUCAUGCUGGCUGUCUCAUGCUGGCUGUCACAUGCUAACAGUCACAUGCAGGCUGUCAAAAAUCAUUUUUACAUUGCAGACCAAAGGUCAUGUACCAACAGCUCAAAUCCCUGCCACAUCAGAUGAGUAUGUCCUUGACCAGCUCUCAACAUCUGAAGAGAAACUACUGAAAUUAUUGGAAGAGUUGGAUGGAAUCAAUUUUGAGGAAACCUUAAAAGAAAUGGAAGAACACGAGGUGACAAUAUUUAUAAAAUUUUUAAAGCAUUAUUAUUAUUAUUAUUACAGUGGUCUUAUAUAGCAUUGUACCCCAGUCUAGGGCUAGGCGCACUUCACAUUAAAAUAUAUUGUCAGUAUACUUAACAUUAAAACAGUCACAUACAUUUAUAUACUUUAACCCACAAACUGUGGCAUGCAUCAUUCUGUGGUGUGGAGCUUUUCGGAGCGUUUUCAGUGCCAUUUGAAAUUGCAUUAAAUGACAUAGAAAUAUUGAUACAAGACCCCUAUAAGUAUGUAUUUUUAGAAAGGUAAAUGGAUGGGGAUCAAGUUGGCCAUAUUGCCCACCCCGUAAAAAUUUUUUGCUCAGUGUCCUUGACCUUGGAGUUCUCAAGAAAAAAACAAUCGACAAAAUGUCUUGCAUUCAAGUGCUCAUAACAUAAUUAAUUUUUAUAAAUACACUUAAAAAACAAUCUAAAUGUUGUAGCCAAUUCAUUAACCUUUCAGAAAAUGUAUAGUUUGCUAAGUUUUUGAUUGCAAUUAAACCUCUGAAAGCAAUUUUAGCAAUUUUAGGUCAUUUAUAUAAGAAACUGGGACUACUGCUAAAACCAAGUACAAAAUACAAAAUCUCAGGCAAAAUAGUUGUUAUUGACUAGUAAACACUUAAAAAGGAACUGUGGAACUGAUUUGGGUUGUUUAACUAUAAAAUGUAUUAGUUCUGAACUCUAAUCUGUGGCUUCUGUGACUAAAAUUCAGUCAGUCUUUGCCCAACCUAUGGGCCUGGCUCGAAGUCUAACAGUAGCCUCAAUAGGCCUACUUCAGUAUCACUAAGACUAGUAUAAAAUUCAGGAGAAGAAUAAUCUCAACUGAUAUCGUCAUGGGGAAUGUUAAAAUCAUCAUCAGUAUCACUUAAAACCUCUCCUAAAAAGCUUUCAAACAUAUUUCUAUUAGUUCUUGCACUGAAGGCCCAGCCAUGGCUUUCAAACAUAUUUCUAUUAGUUCUUGCUCUGAAGGCCUAGCCAUGGCUUUCAAACAUAUUUCUAUUAGUUCUUGCACUGAAUGACCCCAGCCAUGGCUUUCAAACAUAUUUCUAUUAGUUCUUGCACUGAAUGACCCCAGCCAUGGCUUUCAAACAUAUUUCUAUUAGUUCUUGCACUGAAUGACCCCAGCCAUGGCUUUCAAACAUAUUUCUAUUAGUUCUUGCACUGAAUGACCCCAGCCAUGGCUUCAGCCAUUUUAGCUUUAAAAAAACAGCGAUAUAAAACUCAGAUUAAAAAGUAUUUAUUUUCUCGUUAUCAAGAAACAGCUUGUACUGGAAGAUGAUUUAAUUUUUAAUAAAAGGAAGUGACUAUAAUUCCGGUUAAAUAUUGGAUUUGAAGUUGCUAACGGACCGUGUUUUUUAUCGGCCGUUUUUUUCGGCCGCCACAGUGCAGAACAAGAAUGUCGGCCAAUUUUUUCGGCCGACCAUAGUUUGUGGGUUAAAAAAAAAAAAGGAAAGAUUUACAAUCCAUGUCAGCUUUUUUUGGCUGGAGUAAUUGUAGCAAUAUGGCACUAUAUCAUAGUGACGUUUUAGGCAGCAUUAGAUUAAAAAUUCUAGGAUGCUUUGCAAUUUUAAAGUUGUAGAAAUUUUGUAAAAACUAACUAAAGUAAAGUCUCUGCACAUGAUUGGGGCAUCAUAGAAUAGGAAUUUUGAUUGACCCAAAUUAUACAAUAAGAUUUCAAAUUUUAUAAAAACAAAUUUGAAAUUGAUUUUUUAAUAUUACAAAUUAAAACAAUGGAGUAGCUAUGUACGCUUCAACAAAUGGCUCACUAGGCCAAUCCUGGAAUGGCAAUCUUGUUUACAUUUAAGCAGGAGAAUCUCAACUCCUGGUUAGAUUUGGAAACAUUAUAACUUGUUAAUUAAGCGUAUGUUUCAUUUAAUAAGGACAUGCAUUCAUCAUAAGUAAAUAAUUAACUAUUAUAUCCCUGGUUCCUAGUUCCAUGCCAGUAUAGAAGGAAAGUUACCUGCGUAUAACACAAGAGUUAAACUGCCUCAGACACAGAGAGAUUUAGUCUACGAGGACGGUAAGUAGUCGUAACAAUCUUACACAUCUAAUUGUUUAUAGAAUGUCUUUUAAAAAGUAUGCUAAAAAUGUUCCUGAAAUCAUAAUUAUUUUCAAUUUUAAUAAAGUAGUCAUUGUUUAACCUAUUAGUUUGGGAGUUUACUUGUAGAGCUUGAGUUUAAGGGGAUCAUACAUCAAGGACGUCAUGUCAUCAUGCUAUUUUGGUAUCAGUCUUUAUUCAUCAUCACAAAUUCGUCAAACAAUUUAGAUACCCUCAAAAUAGAUCGUCACAAAAUUGUUUUAAAAUUGUUUUAUUUUGUAUAAAUGUUAUCUUAACCAUACUGGUGAUAAUAAUACUUUAUUUACAUUUAUAUUACAAACAUUUAUUAGCAGUAUAUAUUUUGAGAUGCAGAAAUAAUUAAUAGUAAAACAUUGAGAUAUUUACAAGCAGUAUGUGUUAUGGCUGGAAAGCCACUGAUCGAUUUCAAAUGGAAAGAUGUGGAGAAGCAGGCCAUGCCCUUACAUGGGAUGUAGCACCACUGACCAUCAUAUGCCUUGUACAUAAAUAUUUUUAAAAAACUAUCAGUAUGAGCUCAUAGCCAUCGAAAUUGAAAUUUGGGUAAUUUUUUAUUUUAAUCUGACACCUUCAGUUCCUUUAAUGUCUGCAGAUGAUGAUAGUGGAGAAGAUGACACAGACGUCCCCAACAGGUCGGCUAUCAAGAAGCAGUCUCAGUUUAUAGUGGACAGUAAAACAAAGAGACGUGUUCCAAAAAAGAAAAAGAAGACAAAAUAAACACAUUAUGUAUUUUCAUUAACAUAUUAUAAAUAGAAAUAUAUAUUUUUUUUCAAUUCUAUUUUUUUAUUUUUUUUAGAAGAAAAAAGAGCUCAGCCCAAAAGAGCUCAGACCAAGGGAAAUAAUAUUUUUGUUAGAAAAAAAAAGAGCUCAGUUGAAAAGAGCUCAGACCAAGGGAAAUAAUAAAGAACAAAAAAAUAUAUAUAUAUUAAAUAAAUUAUCUCUCUUUGAAUGUAUCUUGCACUUUUGGAUGAAAAAAACCCAACUAUUUCAGCUUCUUAAUUUAUAUUUCUUUCCAAAUUUCUUAAAAAUUAUUAUCUUUUAAAUAUAUUAAACAGUAAAGAAACAAAGUAUUAUUUGCAGCUUUCAUGGUGUGUUAGAAAUGUGGAUGUUUAUGUAUAUUGUUCUCUAAGUUUAUUCAAAAGGCACGUUUUACUUAAAUAAUGUUGUUCUGUUAAAUUAUAAAGGUAGAAGCAAACCCAACGUAAAUAUUGCUGAUCUUUAUGAAGACAUGUGUGAUAUUUGUGAACAAAUAAUUUAUCCAUGUGAUUUUCAUUACAUGAUAAGUCAAUGCUAUUAUUUUUGUAGCUGACUCAAAUAUUGGCUUCUUGGAUUGUAUUGUAAAUGAUAAUGACAAAUAGCUACACUUCUCCAUUGCGAUUUUGUAAACUUUGUACUGCAUAGGUGAUGAUUGAAUAAAACAGUGAAAAAUUUGAAAUUUUUUUUAUAUUUUUACUUUUUAGAUCAGAAUGCUGCUAAAAUUUUUAACCACUACCCCAAGUAUGUAAUUUUACGUCAUUGUUAUCAUCGG